UUGUACGCUUCUUCUUCUUCUUCUUCUUCUUCUGCUCUCUGGCCUCUGCCACUUUCAUCAUCAUAUUUCUUCACACACUCACGCACUAUCAGCAAAGACAACACACUCGUACAGAACAAAUAUAAUCACAAAUUACUUUGUCUUUUUUGUUUUUCCUGGCUCGUGAUUUGGAGUGAUCAUCAUCAUCAUCAUUCAUAUGAUUAACACGAGGGAUGCAGUACUAGAAUGCAUUCCCAACAAGUUGGCCAUUAUAUGAGUUAAUUUUUGCUUAUAUGCUGGCACACUGGCAUUAAAGAUUAUAAGAUAUUUAUAAAUGGGAGGAGCUUGUUCCAGAAAACGAGACCAGCAGGUUGAUGAGGACAACAUACACAGAGGAUUUUCUGGGAGAUACUGCAAAAGUGGAAGUUCAAAAUGGCUUGGAUCCUCAUUUUCGCGAUCUUUGUCAGAUGUUAAACAGGGGAUAGGGAAAAGCCCAUCUCUCAUGGAGUUGUGUACUUACAAAAUUUGUGAAGCCAUCCAUAACUACGGUUCCUUCUCUAUGUUGCCAAGGGAUGUAAGUCAACAGAUAUUUGAUGAGUUGGUCUAUUCACAACGUUUAAAUGAUGUCAUUCUUCAAGCUUUUCGAGAUUGUGCUCUUCAGGAUUUGAAUUUGGGGGAAUACCCAGGAUUCAAUGACAGUUGGAUGGACAUGAUUGCUUCACAGGGUUCAUCUUUACUUUCUGUGGAUUUCAGUGGUUCAGAUGUUACUGAUGCUGGCUUGAGCCACCUCAAAGACUGCACAGGCCUUCAAGCGUUGAAUUUUAAUUAUUGUGAUAAGAUUUCAGACAAUGGGAUGGCACAUAUCUCUGGUCUUUCAAACAUGACGACCCUGAGUUUCAGGAGAAACAACAUGAUUACAGCUCAAGGAAUGAGUGCCUUAUCUGGUUUGGUUAACCUAGUGAAGUUGGACCUUGAAAGAUGCCCAAAGAUCCAUGGAGGUCUUGUUCAUCUUAAAGGUUUAACCAAGCUUGAGUCUCUUAAUAUCAAUUGUUGCAAUUGUAUUACAGAUACUGACAUGAAGCCUCUCCAAGGACUUGCAAAUUUGAAAGCUUUACAAAUUUCAUCCAGUAAAGUCACAGAUCAUGGUGUAAAUUUUUUGAAAGCAUUGCACAAGCUUGAAUUGCUGAACAUGGAGGGUUGCCCAGUUACUGCAGCAUGCUUAGAGUCUCUUUCAGCCCUUGGUGCCCUCUUAUAUUUAAAUUUAAGCAGAUGUAAUUUGGCUGAUGAUGGAUGUGACAAAUUUUCAAGGCUGCAGGCUCUGAAAGUACUGAAUUUAGGGUUCAAUGAGAUCUCGGAUGCUAUCUUGGUAUAUUUAAAAGGUUUAACAAAUUUGGAGAGCUUGAACCUGGAUUCUUGUAGUAUUCGUGAUGAAGGGCUGGUUAACUUGGCAGGCCUUAGUCGUUUGAAAUGUUUAGAGUUGUCUGAUACUGAAGUGGGAAGCAGUGGAUUGCGUCAUCUUUCUGGAUUAGGCAAUUUGGAGAGUUUGAACCUAUCAUUUACUGUUGUCACUGAUGGUGGGCUUAGAAAGUUAUCUGGAUUAUCAUGUCUGAGGUCACUUAAUUUGGAUGCUCGCCAAAUUACUGAUACUGGCCUUGCAGCUCUCACCAGUUUGACUGGAUUGACUCAUUUGGAUCUAUUUGGAGCUCGAAUCACUGAUUCUGGAACGAAUUAUUUAAAAUGUUUCAGAAACCUUCGUUCGCUAGAAAUUUGUGGAGGAGGAUUAACUGACGCAGGAGUGAAGAAUAUCAAAGAUCUCACUUCACUUGCGCUUCUAAAUCUUUCCCAGAACAGCCACCUGACUGAUAAAUCAUUGGAAGCAAUUUCUGGGUUGACACAACUUGUCUCUUUGAAUGUCUCGAAUUCUCGUGUAACGAGUGCUGGAUUGCAGCAUCUGAAGCCACUUAAGAAUUUGAAGUCCCUUACCUUAGAGUCCUGCAAGGUAACUGCAAAUGAUUUAAAGAAACUGCAGGCAACUCACCUCCCAAAUCUGGUGAACUUUCGGCCAGAAUAGCACCGGGCUCCCUCCUGGACAACCAGAUUUAUUGUGAAUAUCUAGAAUCUAGUCAGUGAUGGAGUGCUCCUGUGAAUGAUGAGUGAAUAAAUCUUGCAUUUGUUGAACUGUACAUAUCCUAGAUUCUGGAGUUGCUGUUAAGUUGUCUUUUGUUGGGUGUCCAGAACAUACUCUCUUAUGCUGCCAUAUGUGAAGCUUUCUUUCGCAUCGUGCAGUUAGUAUGAAAGAAUUGUAAAUAAGCUUCCUUGGCAAGGUUUGUUUUCUUGAAAUAAUCAUGUAAGCAUUUACAAUCAAGAAACUAUAAUUUAUGGAACACUUUUGUAAA